UAUGACCCCUCUGUUGUUUCCAUGGCAACAAACGUUAGUACCGACCUCCAUGAUGGCUAACGAAACAAUUUCACAGCGUUACACAGCUGUUUGUGAUAAACACGAGAUAAAAAUUAAUCCUUUCAUUCUAAAUGUUUUACAGCAAACGUCUGAAGCAGAGAGAAACUUCACCUUAAACCUGAGAGGAAACGACAAUCAGCCCGUCCUCCAGAGGCUCGGAGACGAGGAUGUUUUUGCUAUGUCUAAAUGUCUCCAGAACCACCAGGCUGUGACAGGUCUGGAUCUGAGGUACAACAACGUGAGCGACGAAGGCGCCCGACACCUCGCAGACCUCAUAAAGGUGGAGAAUUCAGCCCUCCGCUCCUUAAACCUGAUGUUUAACAACAUUCAGAAGGAAGGAGCUGAACUCCUCGCUGGAGGUCUGCAGCAGAACCACAGCCUGAUGUCUCUGAAGCUGUCUGGAAACAAACUCAGUAAGAAAGGAUUCGUGGCUCUGGGCCGCGCGCUGCAGAGGAACCAGACGCUGCAGGAGCUGCAGCUGGCCGACUGUGACCUGGACACCACUGAUGUUUUAACUCUCAGCAUCGUGCUGAAGAUCAACCAGACUCUUCGCUCCGUGGACAUCAGCCGGCCGCUGCUCUUCAGCCUGCAGGAGGAGUGGACCUGGUCCUUCUCAGAGAUGCUGGAGACGAACAGCAGCCUGGUGGAGCUCCAUCUGGGGAAGAUGGGCUUGACUGACACGGGCCUGGAGAGGCUGGCUAGAGGUCUGAAGCAGAACCGGAGCCUGCGCUACCUGGACCUGCGCUGCAACCGUGUGACCCGGGACGGAGCACAGCACCUGGCUGAGGUUCUGACCCAGAACUCCUCCCUGGAGGUCCUGGACCUGUCGGCCAACAGGAUCGAGGAUGAAGGCGCGACGUGUCUGAGUGGCGCCAUCGCUCGGCCCGAGUGCCCCCUGAGAGAGUUUUCUGUCUGCAGGAACAACAUCAGGACGGAGGGACUGCUGUCUCUGUCCCAGGCCGUCGCCUCCGCCUCCGGUCUCACACACCUGUACAUCUGGGGCAACCAGCUGCAGGAGCCGGUCUGCCGGGCCUUCUCACAGCUGAUCUCCGGCGGUCACCUGGCUCCAGAGCACACAGACGUCAGCCCCUACCAAGUGGACGGUCACGUCUUCCUCGCCGAGGUCAACCAGAGGUUACGCAGCACGCUUUUCUGUUUAGAGACGGUUGGAGCUGCUACUUCCUGACGUUCCUCAGAGCCCAAAAGCUCACGUUUCCGUUCAAAAAGCCGAAUCAGACCUCCUUACCUGUAAACUAACGAAGAAAAUCCAAAGUUUCCUGUCUGAAGUUUUAAAGAACUAAAACUAAACCCUGCUGAUGUUUGUUGUUAUGAGCGUGUCUCUUGUUGCUAUGGCUACAUUAAACUUAUAAACGUAUUCUGUCCACAAAUGCAGACACGUGGAUGAGGCGCCUGACUUCAAACGUUUGUGAAACUAUUAGAUUUUAUUCAGCAGGUGUGAGUUCUGAGUCACGUUUAUUUAAAAAUACACAACAUCGUGUUUUAGAGUAAAAACCUGGUUAAUGGAAUCGGAUCAUUUCAAACUAAAGACUCAGCUGUGAAACAGGAACAUCCUACCAAAGUAAAAGCACAGUGACGAGAUACAUUUAAUCCAAUCAGAAAGCACAAUACUUUUAUUUUGAAAGGCCUUUCCUGUUGGAUGUCAGUCUAAAUUUGCUAAAUUUCUAAAAAAAAAGCAUCAAUCGAGUGUUUCAGUACUAAGUAGAUAUACAUUUAUUACCUUACAAGAAUGUAAACUCGACUUAUUCAUCAGUUAUUAAAAAUAAAACACAACUCUAAUAAAACGAA